AUGCCUAUCCUCACACCUGAACGCAUUAUCCAGAUCUCCUACGACUUGCUUAGGGCCGUGGGCUCAAAAGAGAGCCACGCAAAGACCGUCGCAGAACACCUCGCCAACGCCAAUUUGUCGGGCCACGACUCACACGGGUUCAUCCGCAUAAUCCAAUACGUGCGCGAGGUCAAUGAGGGGGCCAUACAUCCCACAUCUGAACCUGUCGUGCUCAACGAGUCUCCGACGACCACCCAGCUGGACGGCAACGGGACAUUCGGGCAGGUCGUCGCUACGGCGGCGCUUGAGAUCGGUAUGGCGAAGGCGCGCGAGCACGGUCUCAGCCUCGUGACCAUGUCCAAACUUGAACACACGGGCAGGGUUGGUGCGUACCCGGAGGCCGCGGCCAUGCAGGGAAUGGCGGCGUUCAUGUGCUCUGGAUUCGUCGGCGGGCCUCAGCUGACGAACGUGUCUCCAUUCGGCGGCACCGCCCGCAAGCUUGGCACCAAUCCCAUGGUCAUGGCCUUCCCCUACCAGGACGACGGCCCUAUCCUGCUGGACUUCGCAACGUCGAUCUCGGCGGAAGGCAAGCUCCGCGUCGCACGAGCAAAGGGAGCCACCCUGCCCGACUACUGGAUCAUCAAGCAGGACGGCACGCCGUCCAAAGAUCCCAACGACUACUACGCGGGCGGCUCCCUAAUUCCCACAGGCGGACUGCAAGGCGGUCACAAGGGGUACGCCCUUUCAUUCAUGGUGGCGCUGUUCGGCGCGGUCCUUGGAGGUCUCGCGCACACCGAGUAUCAGACCACCGAGACAAACAACGAGUGGACACGACUCGGCACGACCCUGAUCCUGAUCGACCUCCAACGGCUCGGCUCGGUAGAUCUCAUCAAGGCGCAGGUGGAUGGCAUUGUCGCCUACGUUAAGGACACGCCCCUGCGCGAGGGCUUCUCUGAAGUGCUGUACCCCGGCGAGUUCGAGGUCCGCAACCGACGACAGCGCCGCGCCGACGGCCUCUACAUCGAAGACUCGACCUGGAACGAGAUAUCAGAUCUCAUGACGAAACACGGAGUGAACUAA